AUGACUACCCAGACCGGCACUGCCUCGAGGAGGCCCAAGUUGUCUUUGUCCAUCAAAACAUCGCCGGCGCCUCACACGAGCAUCAACAAGUCCCUGUCUGUCGUCGACCCCAAGGACCCGACCGCUUUCAACACCCUCUCCAAUGUCUAUGCCACCGCCAUUGAGCGGUCGACGUCCGAGCCGCUAACUGCCAUCAACACUUUGCAACAGCAACCUCCGCACUUGCAAAAAGGAUCGAAGGCUCCUCCCCAGCUACGCAUACAAACACCCUGCGCCGUCUCAUACCCCGAGACACCCUUGACCGCCCAUCCCAUGUCUCCCGGUGUUGCCAUGGAGGUGGUAUUCCCGAGCACCAUGACGGCGACCCCGCCGCUGUCAGCCGGUCCCGUAGACUCGAACGGCCCUCAGAUGUUUGGGUUCUCUCCCAUCGACACCAAGACCCCGUUGACAGCGAUUGGGUUCAUCACGCCCCCAGAGCCGCGUUCUAUACGGAGGCGGACCAACCUUUCGCUAGCGGGAUCAAAGCUGCCAUACACACACCCUCGCUCACUCCACAGUAUCCUCCGCAACUCGCCUCUUCCUCCCCCGAGUGCCAAAACGCCCAUUUCGCCACGGCGCCAGUCCCUGCGCUUGCAAGAAAAGGCAGCCCGCCGCGUGGCCUACAACAGCCCGAUCGAGCAGACCAUCAUCACCGAGACUUAUACCAAAUCCCACAUCGACUUGCUCACCGACGACGUGUCGCCGGCGUCACCGGCGCCGACGCAAGAGCCAAACACGGUCCUGGACCUUGCCAUGGCUUUCACGAGCGACGAAACGCGCGACGGCGGCAUGACCCCGGGGCCGUUCGAGGAGAUGCGGCGACGGAUGGCCGGGCUGGCAGCCAACUCACCACCGGUCAGCCCGUCGGGCGGGAUCAGGAAGCGGAAGCGCAAGGAAAAGAAGCGCCGCUGGGUCUGGACCAUUGGAAACCAGGAGGAGGACGAAGAGAAUCUGGGCGGGGCGGUGGCGGCGUUGCGGGCGGCCGAAGCGGCGGCACAAAUGUCAGAGCCUGCUCGGAAGAGGCCCACAGCGCCGCCGGUGGUGGAAGUGCAGACCUGCGGCGACCUUCCGACGCCCAGCGUCGAGACGUUCGAAGAGGCUGGCGACGUCGAGAUGUCGGACAGCAGCAGCGUCUCGUGCAGCGAUCGGGGGCUAACACCGGGGGAUAUGGAGAUUGACCUGACGACGCCGACAGUGCCCAGGCGCCUCGUGUCCCAGAGCGACCGACUGGGGUCGGCGGACCUCAUCAACCCUGAAACCGGGAGCAGGCGGGACACGCCCAUACCUCCCGAUAUGGUGGUUCAUUGA